GAUUGCAUUGUGAUAUUUCGAAAAGCCAACCGAUACCGUAGAAAGAGCAAUCUCGGAUCAACAGAACAUGUCUUCCGCACCCAAGAAGAGACUGCAAGCGCUCAGCGAGCAACUCCAGAACCCAAUUAGAAGCGAAGGCAAAUUUGAGGACUUGCCAAACAUCCCAGCGGUAGCAGGAGACUCCAAAGGACCUCGAACCGAGGGCAAAAUCGUCAUCAUCACAGGCUGCAAUUCUCCUCUCGGAAUCGGCCGUGCCUCAGCUCACCACUUCGCCAAUAACGGCGCCAAAGCCAUCUUCAUCUGCGACUACCGAACCGAGCACCUCGAAACCCACAAGCGUGAAAUCGAAGGCAAAUAUCCCGGCUGCUCCGUCCAUCCCGUCCAACUCGACGCCGGUUCCGAAGAUGAUGUUUCUGCUGUCGUAGACCAAGCUCUAGAAAAGUACGGCCGACUAGACAUCUUCUUCGCCAAUGCCGGAAUCAGCGUCACAAUGGGAAGCGUUCUCGAAGGCUCCGCGAGCGAUUUCAUGGAUGUCAUGCGUGUGAACGCUCUCUCUGUUUUCCUUGCAGUCAAGCAUGGCGCACGCGGUAUGCUUAAGACUGGGUCUGAGAAGAAGUAUCCGGGAGGAAGUAUUGUUUCUGUGGCAUCUUCCGCUGGUAUGCGAUCGAAUGCUGGAGCGACGGAUUAUUCUGCUUCGAAGGCGGCUGUGAUUUCGAUUAUGCAGACGAGUGCGUAUCAAUUGACUGGGACGGGCAUUAGAUGUAAUGCGAUUUGUCCUGGAAUUAUUGAGACGGGAAUGACGGCGCCGAUGUAUGAGAUGGCGAGGGCGAGAGGGUCGGAGAAGAAGAUUGGGCAGUUGAAUCCUUUGAUGAGAGGCGGUGUUGCGGAUGAAAUUGCGAGAGUGGCAUUGUUCUUGGGAAGUGAUGAGGCGAGUUAUGUGAAUGGGCAGGCUUGGGCAGUGUGUGGAGGGUUGACGGCAGGCCAUCCAUUUGUACCAGGCAAAAUUGCGUAGAUGACAGAAAUGAAAAGGCACCGAUUGUGAAGCAGCAAGGCAUGCAUCUGGCUUGAAACGUUCAAAUUCAUGACAUGAUAGGCUAUAUGAUCUCACAAGACGAAAGCAACAGCAGAGACACUCUACAAAGAACAAGAUUGAACCCAUUCAACCACCACCACUAAAAGCCUUCCCAGCAAUCUUCUCCCUA